CCCGCUUCCCCAUCCCCUCCCCCGCCCCUGGCGCGCACCGGCCCCGGCGUCUCCAGCCCCGCCUGCGCCGGGGUCGCUGCAGUCCCCGCGGCCGCCCCGGGCUCCCUCCCCAGGCGCCCCGGCCUCGUUCCAGCCAAGGGGAGCGCCUCGGGGGGAGCGCCGGACAGCGAGGGUGGCCGAGGCGGGGGCUCUGGGCGCCCUAGCUCUCCCAACCUGGGAGGCGGCCCCGACUCCGGGAGCCUGAACGCAGGGAAAGGCAAGGACGGGGCGGCCGGCGGAGGGGCGGGCGCCGCUCAUCAGCCACGCCAGUCACGUCUGGGGCCACCCGGCUGCCUUUUUCUUCCUUUCCCCCUUCGCUUUCUCCCCCCACUCCCCUGUUGGCGAGGGCAAAGUGGCCGUGGCGGCGCCAUGCCCGGGCCGGAGUGAGCGCGCGAGGGCGAAAAUGGCGUACAUCCAGUUGGAACCUUUAAACGAGGGUUUUCUUUCUAGAAUCUCCGAUCUGCUACUGUGCAGAUGGACUUGCAGGCAUUGCUGUCAGAAGUGUUAUGAGUCCAGCUGUUGCCAGUCGAGUGAGGACGAGGUUGAAAUUCUGGGACCUUUCCCUGCCCAGACUCCUCCCUGGCUGAUGGCCAGCCGGAGCAGUGACAAGGAUGGGGAUUCCGUCCAUACAGCCAGUGACGUCCCUCUGACCCCACGGACCAACUCCCCAGAUCGAAGAUGCUCGUCGUCAGACACAUCCAAGUCUACCUACAGCCUGACGCGGAGGAUUUCAAGUCUUGAAUCCAGACGACCCAGCUCCCCACUCAUUGAUAUUAAACCCAUCGAGUUUGGUGUCCUCAGUGCCAAAAAGGAGCCCAUCCAGCCCUCGGUGCUCAGACGGACCUACACCCCAGAUGACUAUUUCAGAAAGUUCGAGCCCCAGCUCUACUCCCUCGACUCCAACAGUGACGACGUGGACUUUCUGACGGACGAGGAGAUCUUGUCCAAGUACCAGCUGGGCAUGCUGCACUUCAGCACCCAGUACGACCUGUUGCACAACCAUCUGACCGUGAGGGUGAUCGAGGCCAGGGACCUGCCACCCCCCAUCUCCCAUGAUGGCUCACGCCAGGACAUGGCCCACUCCAACCCCUACGUCAAGAUCUGCCUCCUGCCGGACCAGAAGAACUCUAAGCAGACGGGGGUCAAACGCAAGACCCAGAAGCCCGUGUUUGAGGAGCGUUACACCUUCGAGAUCCCCUUCCUAGAAGCGCAGAGGAGGACCCUGCUGCUGACCGUGGUGGAUUUUGAUAAGUUCUCCCGCCACUGUGUCAUUGGGAAGGUGUCCGUACCUUUGUGCGAGGUUGACCUGGUGAAAGGCGGGCACUGGUGGAAGGCGCUGAUCCCCAGUUCUCAGAAUGAAGUAGAGCUGGGAGAGCUGCUUCUGUCACUCAAUUAUCUCCCGAGCGCUGGGAGACUCAAUGUUGACGUCAUUCGAGCCAAGCAACUUCUUCAGACAGAUGUGAGCCAAGGUUCAGACCCCUUUGUGAAAAUCCAGCUGGUACAUGGACUCAAGCUUGUGAAAACAAAGAAGACAUCCUUCUUAAGAGGAACGAUCGAUCCUUUCUACAAUGAAUCCUUCAGCUUCAAAGUCCCCCAAGAAGAACUGGAAAAUGCCAGCCUAGUGUUUACAGGUACAAAAAGUAAUACAAGAGAAAAGCAACUUCCCGACCAUUUGUUUUCUCUGCAGAAUGAAGUAGAGCUGGGAGAGCUGCUUCUGUCACUCAAUUAUCUCCCGAGCGCUGGGAGACUCAAUGUUGACGUCAUUCGAGCCAAGCAACUUCUUCAGACAGAUGUGAGCCAAGGUUCAGACCCCUUUGUGAAAAUCCAGCUGGUACAUGGACUCAAGCUUGUGAAAACAAAGAAGACAUCCUUCUUAAGAGGAACGAUCGAUCCUUUCUACAAUGAAUCCUUCAGCUUCAAAGUCCCCCAAGAAGAACUGGAAAAUGCCAGCCUAGUGUUUACAGUGUUCGGCCACAACAUGAAGAGCAGCAAUGACUUCAUCGGGAGAAUUGUCAUCGGCCAGUAUUCUUCGGGCCCCUCUGAGUCCAACCACUGGCGACGGAUGCUCAACACUCACCGUACUGCCGUGGAGCAGUGGCACAGCCUGAGGUCCCGGGCUGAGUGCGACCGCGUGUCCCCGGCCUCACUGGAGGUGACCUGAGGGCUGCAGGAAAAGCAGCUUUCAUUUGUUUAAAAAAAAAAAAAAAAAAAAGAAACUUUAAGCUGGAAAAAAAUGUGUCACCUGCCUGUUACAUCCACACUUACACACACAGUCACAGCACACACACACACACACACACACACCCUAAAUCCUCUCAGAACAGAGAGGAAACUGACUACUGAAUGCAAAAUGGCUGCCCUCAAUGAGCAAGGCCUGAGAACUCUCUGGAAACCCCGUCUGUAUGUCACAAGCUGCUUGGGCUCUGCCGUGAGACCCAUUGGCGGUGUCUGCUCCUGUUGAUACCCCUGCCCCAAAAUGCACUUUCAACCUUCAGGCCAGAGAAAGGGCCUCCUCAAGGGCACCAGCCUCUGUUGAGAUGAAAUUCUCUGAGAGCUUGGCCAGUGUGUAGGAGGCCCGACCCCCAAGUCCACCCGUUGACUGGGUGACUUCUGGGCAAGCUGCUGGUCCCUGGGGUUCUUCAGACCUGAUCCCUUUCCCCCAAAGUGUAAGUACUCUGUCUUCUCUUUAGUGGAUGUGAUAGAUUAGACUAUUUGGAGAAACCAAAUGGCAACAAAAAAUAUUCCAGUGUAAGAAACUUCCCUGGCUUAACUGAAUUUGUCGUCGUGUUAGCUUAUUCCUAAGGACCCCCCGUGGGUGCGUAUGUGGAUGUCCUCGGGUGAGUGCCCUCACAGGCGAACAUGUGUGUGUCCCUGUGUGUCCUCUUCGCGAGCACCUCCGUCCUGAGCUCUCCCUUCUCUCUGCCUCUCCCUGUGAAACUUCACCCAGUGUCCUCCUGUCUGUCAAGACCCCACCUUCAGUAACAGCAUGUGCAAAUGUCAAGUAACUAGAAUAUGAUAGAGCAAAAGUAACCUUUUUUGACCAAAUUCUGAUGAUCAUGACACAUGGAAGACCUGCAGAAGACAGUUACGUGGAUCAGAAUGGCCGCUGCACCCCCAUCCAAGAUGGCUCCUUCCUUGUCAUAUUCUGCGAAUCUCUCUGUGUUUGUGUGUGAACCAAAGUCAUUCUUCUCAUGCUAAGGAAUUAGUGUAGUUAGACUAGAUCUCUCCCCGUUGGAUGCUUCUGUAUCUUUCCCACAGCCUAGUGUCUGGCAUAAUGGGGAGCUAUUUAUUGAAAUUAAAGAUUAUUUAUUUGUGCCAUGCA